AAAACACUGAAACAUUAUUUAAUGAAAUUAAUUGACUGUAUAUUUAAAUGAAUGUUUAGAUGGGAAUAAUGAGCGAACAAAUUGAAUCACAAGCCGACAAAAUCGGACAAAUGGAGGAACUCUUAGACAAUACAAAGUCUCAACUGAUGGCCACCGAAGAUAUGUUUCAGCAGUCGUUGUUCAACAAGUCUUCGCUAGAAAGCGCCAAAUUAGACCUCCUGUCGGAUGUGUCGAAACUGCGGAUCGAAUUGAGUGAUUGUCAACACUCGAGGAUUACCGCCGAAGACAGGGCUCGAAAACUGGACAAUGAAUUGUCUGUUAUUACGAGCACUUUAUUGGAAAGAGAGACCGAAAUAUCAGCCCUUCGACUCACAUUAGCCAAAAUGGCCAGAACUACAGGAUAUUUACUUACAGACAACGAACUGUCACUUCUUCGGGGAAAGUCUUUCGCCGCUGAAUACACGCGAAAUCGCAUCCCAUCGUCGGGUGAGUCCCGAGUGAUAGACAAACCUCCGCUUCCGAUCAGUCAACGGCUGUUAUCAUCGAGUAAUCCCUCGCAUUCGGAGCCCACCUCUCGUCGCGAGAGUACAGUCAGCGGACGACAA